ACCCCCCUCACCCCCUCGCCGCCUGUUGCAGAUGACGUCGUCCACCAAGGUGUACUACAGCCAGACCACGCAGACCGACAGCCGCCCGCUCAUCGGCGCGGGGCUGCGCCGGCGCCGCGUGAUGACCAAGGACGGCCGCAGCAACGUGCGCAUGGAGCACAUCGCCGACAAGCGCUUCCUGUACCUCAAGGACCUGUGGACCACCUUCAUCGACAUGCAGUGGCGUUACAAGCUGCUCCUCUUCUCCGCCACCUUCGCCGGCACCUGGUUCGCCUUCGGUGUGGAGUGUCCCCUGGCCAUCGUCCUCCUCAUCACCCAGCUGGUCCUCACCACCAUCAUGGAGAUCUUCAUCACCGGCACCUUCCUGGCCAAGAUCGCCCGGCCCAAGAAACGCGCUGAGACCAUCAAGUUCAGCCAGCAGGCGGUGGUGGCCCAGCACGACGGCAAGACCUGCCUGAUGAUCCGGGUGGCCAACAUGCGCAAGAGCCUCCUGAUCGGCUGCCAGGUGACGGGGAAGCUGCUCCAGACCCACCUCACCAAGGAGGGCGAGAGCGUGCGGCUCAACCAGCUCAACGUGGACUUCCAGGUGGACACCUCCUCCGACAGCCCCUUCCUCAUCCUGCCCCUCACUUUCUACCCCGUGGUGGACGCCGCCAGCCCCUUCCGGGACCUGCGGCCGGGCGAAGGCGACUUCGAGCUGGUGGUGAUCCUGAGCGGCACCGUGGAGUCCACCAGCGCCACGUGCCAGGUGCGCACGUCCUACCUGCCCGAGGAGAUCCUCUGGGGGUACGAGUUCACCCCCGCCAUCUCCCUCUCGGCCAGCGGCAAAUACGUGGCCGACUUCAGCCUCUUCGACCGCGUGGUGAAGGCGGCCGAGAGGGAGCGCGAGGGGGCCCCCCUCAGCGUCCGCAUCAGCAACGUCUGA